ACCCACAGCGAACCAGACGGAUUACAAUCGCUUUCGCUUUUCAACAGUCAUUGAGUAAGACGCGAUGGCCGGAGGAAACCCUUUUGAACCUUACAACAUUGCCGGUUUGAAGGUGCCCCGUUACAAGGUGGCCCUCUACGGUAUCAUCGGCUACGUGGCUCUCGUCACUGGUGUCAUUCAGUACAAGAAGUUGCAGCCCCCGGCGCCCAUAACAUACGAGAGUAAGGAAGAGGAGGGUUACGUCAAGCGAUACAUUCAACAUAUGGAAGGAGAGUUGAAGAAGCCUGUCCUUGUCCGUCAACCCUUCACUGGCCCUUCCGCCAUCUAAAUACAAGAUCCUGAAGCAGCGGAGUUUGAGGACGGCGAAUGAACAGUAAUCUCCGAUAUCCCGUUUAGACGCGCUUUGUCGCGGUAAUUGGUGGGCUCGGUUAUGUGCUGGGAAUUCUUGCUGAUAGAGAUGUGAAUGGAGGACCGGAUGAUGUUGGCAGUAAAUGGGACUCAUGCAUACCGCUGAUUUUGGAGUGGAAAAUAUAUCGUUGCAAACAUGCAGACCCUCAUAAGUUAACGUGUAGAUAUCCACGACUGUACAUUUUCCCUCUCUUGAGUAGAUGGUUUACAUUCUUGUGGA